UCCUCUCAUUCCAGCCUGAGUGAACAAUCAGUUAUUUAUUGGUGCGCUUCGGUCUCAGCCUGCAGUCUGCUGCACACAUCAGUACGACGACAUGCGAGCGAAACUUUGAUCACAACACAUUUUGGUUUGUGAAGUGUCCAAACUGCUACCUUUAAGUUAUUCCUGGCUUAUUUCCCGCUGACUGAGAUGAGAACCGCUGAGGAGUCUUCUGGUACGGUCCUGCACCGCCUCAUCCAAGAGCAGCUCCGCUACGGGAACCUGGCCGACACUCGUGCACUUCUGGCUAUACAGCAGCAGGCGCUGCGUGGGGGCCCAGGCAGUCCCCGCUGCUCUGUGGAGAGCCUGACUCAGGACGAGUCCCAGUACAUGCACAUGUCAACACGCCAAGAGCCUCAAGGCCAAGAGCACCAGGGGGACUGCGUGCUGUCCGAGAGCCCCGUGUGCCAACUCUACCAGUUCCACGGAGAGGAGCUGCCCACAUAUGAGCAGGCAAAGGCACAGUCCCAGUAUGUGAUCUCUCAGAAGGAGCAAGCAGACCGUGGUGGUCAGACUGUGGAUACACUGGGGAGUCACAGUGAGGGGCAGUGGGAUGUGAAGCGGGAGCAUGCUCGCUCCCUCAGUGAGCGGCUCAUGCAGCUCUCUCUGGAGAGGAACAGACCUAAAGACAGCCUUCCCAUGAGUUCCUCACACAGCUACCCACAGCUGCACAGGAAUGAUAUCACAACCGCUGGAGUGGCAUCUAACAGACAGGGGGCUCCACACUGUGCAGACGGGCCACCUCCAGAUUAUCCUCUCUGCACUCGGCUCCCCGGAUACAUGCUCAGUUACUCCCAGGAGCACGGACACUACCACAGAGAGCCGCCUCCUCCCUUCUACUCACAGCAUCACAGCUACGUGUCUGCACAGUCCCAUCACACAGUGAUCGCUGCGACCUCAGAGCUGAUCAGCGCCACCUCCAGCAAAAACCUGUUGCUGCAGGAGAAUGAAAGGCUGAGGAAAGAGCUGGAGCUCUACACCGAUAAGGCCACCAGGCUGCAGAAGUUGGAGCUGGAAAUCCAGCGGAUAUCAGAGGCUUACGGUACCCUGAUGAAAGGCUCUGCCAAGCGGGAAUCUCUGGAAAAAACGAUGAGGAACAAACUAGAGGCAGAGAUUAAGAGGCUGCAUGACUUCAACAGAGACCUGAGAGAACAAACUGACACUGUGGCCAAACACAGAGUGGCCAAGAACGCUGAGUGUGCAGACCAGAAGCAGCAUGUCUUUGUUAAACUGCUUGAGCAAAAUGAAGAACAACAGCGUGAGCGUGAACGCCUGGAAAAGCAGGUUCAGCAUCUGCGUGUAUCUGGGGAGGAGUGCCAGCGGAGACGGGAGCUGCUUGAACAGGCACUGGCUUUGGCGCAAGGUCGCAACCAACAACUGGAGGAAGAGUUGCAAAGAAAGCGAGCAUAUGUGGAGAAAGUGGAGCGACUGCAGGGCGCACUGGCUCAGCUGCAAGCGGCAUGCGAGAAGAGGGAAGCGCUGGAGCUGCGGCUCCGUACUCGGCUGGAGCAGGAACUGAAAAGCCUUCGGGCACAGCAGUGUCACAAUCAGGCAGUAUCUUCAGAACUGAGCUCCACCGCUUUGCUACAGCAGCUGAGGGAGAAAGAGGAGCAUGUCCUGGCUCUAGAAGCUGACAUCACCAAGUGGGAGCAGAAAUACCUGGAGGAGAGCACCAUGAGGCAGUUUGCAAUGGAUGCUGCCGCCACUGCUGCAGCACAAAGAGAUACAACCAUCAUCAAACACUCGCCCCAACAGUCACCAAACAGCAGUUUCAAUGACCACCUGCCGCUGCCCACUCACAGACAUCAGGAGAUGGAGAACAGGAUCCGAGUGCUUCAUGCUCAAGUCCUGGAGAAAGACGCGGUGAUCAAAGUUCUCCAGCAGUGUUCUAGGCUUGAACAGACCAAGAUGGAGAAACAGGGGCUCCGGCUAGCAAGGUCCGUCCCCUCUAUCAACACCGUGACCAGCAGCAUAGAGGUCAAAGAAAAGAACCUCUCAGAUGAUCAGACGGGUGCUGUGUCACUGACCUUCCACCCUCAUGUGCUACCGAAGACCCCGAGCCGAGAUUGCGGCACCCAAAGUGAGGCGGCCCCACAGGAGCCUGACAUCCCAACAGAAACCUGCAAGUCCAAAGCUCCAGAGCCAGUCGCAGCAGCAAACACUGACACCUCGGAGGAGCAGACGACACCAUCCAACACAUUUAAGAGCAUCAGCUGCUCGGACGCAGACGUAGUUGAAAUUCUCAUUUGAGGCGUCAGAGUGCAGCAGCACUUUUCUUUGACGUGUACGUUUGACAGCGAGAGGC